AGUCUCACAAACAGUCCAGGCCAGUACCUGCACGCGUCUACCGGUGACAUUUUUUAGAGGCCAGAGUGACGCCCCGAAAAGUCCAAAAUAGAUGGUUCGUUUUGACCAGUUACAUUCAUGUUUCUUUACUGGCACGACAAGGCUGUUAUUUCUUUCUAGGGGAAGUACUGAAAAUCACUGCUGUAGAAGUACGAUUCUUACAUGUGUCCAUUUGAACGUGUAAUUGGACUAUUAUUAAUAGGCUACAAUGACUUGAUAGCGGACUCGGAAAUGACACAGAAGUCGUAAGCCUGCUGAUAGCUCUGGGUCUAAUUAUAUUUAGUCACAAAAGUAUUACAUUGAAACAUCAUUAUUCACAAGUUAUUAAAUCUAAAUAGACGGCUAGUAUUUUCAGAUAGCAAUAAAAAAUAAACAGUCAGCGUGUUAUUAAUAGUAAUAGUUAUUCGUGCUAUCGACUUUUGUGUCAUUCAGAAACAACCCCCCCCCCCCCCCCCCCCCCCCCGGAUUUUAGGGUUCAGCGAAAACAUCCAAACGUUUGUUUGACAGGAAUAAAGAGACUUGAACUUCAUCGUCAAAUCUAGAUCUAGAUCUAUCAUCUAACAAAAGGUAGGUUUAGUAGAGCUAUAUCUACAUUUAGUACAAUAACAUGGUAUCUAGACCUAGAUCUAUCAUCUAACAAAAGGUAGAUCUACACUGUAAGGGAGAGUAUUGAACAAGUUAACCAGCAGUGCAUCUAAGGUUUCCAACCCUUACAUUGUAUCAGGUGUAGGCAGAGAACAAACACCAUCUUGACUUAAUUAAAGUCUAACAUUGGUCAACACUAAAGAUCAGAUAUUCUUCUUCUAUUUAGUCAACACUAAAGCCCAUAGAUCAGAGUUUCUCUGGUCAAUACUUCAAUUCAGACAUCAUGGCUAAAUGGAGUGAGAGAUCUGUCAUCUACAGAGUAACACUGCUGUUCAAUUAUUUUAUUUUUCUUGUUUAUGGACUGGCCUUUGCCAUUCCCACUUGGUGGGGCAUUAACUAUUUUCAAGGAUUGUGGGUUGCAUGUUCUGGCACAGAUACUUCAAUUAUGACUGGCUGCAAUGUAAAAGCGUUUGGCAGUGAUUCAGCUUGGAUGGAUGGUGUCAGGGGAGUUUGGAUUGGUGGUAUGGCAUGCUAUGUUCUAGCUGUAUUACAUAGUUUGAUUGAAAACUGUUGCACCAAAGAAGGAAGCAGAGAUUAUGGUGUGACUGGUAUACUCACACUCUUAGCAGGUGCUUGUGGUGCUGCUGGUGUAAUUACUGUGGCUGUGGAGGUGGAAACUAAUGUUGUUCAAGGUGAAUACUUCUGGGGCUUCAUGUUAGCUUGCAUCACCAGUGGCUUGGCACUCAUUAUGGCUCUGGUACUUCUCAUCACCUGUAAUAUUGUGUCUGGUGACAAGACGAAAGCUCGUACUGCUGACUAUGUCUUUAAUCGCACAGCUGCUCCAUACACCCAGGAGUUCACCAACCAGGGAUACACCAGAGAAGACUUGCCCCUCUCAAAUGGUGUCACACACCACUUCACCCCAAACCCUAACCCAAAUCCAUACACCAUGUACCCUAGUGCUCCCUACAGCACCAAUAGCCUCCAGUACCAAAGCAAUGGCAAGAAAUACCCUGGAAAUGGCUAUGACAUGAGUCGUCCCAACCAAAGACACAGCUUAGCCGAGUCAGCUGACCUGAGCAAUGGCUACACACCUGAGUUGUUACAUGCAGAGCAAACACUAACCAGAAAUCUUCAGGGUCCAAAUGGUGCAGGAUUAACAAGAAAUGAUUACCAGAUGAAUGGCAGCAGGCCUUAUUAAAACUCCUACACUGAUAUAAUCUGAUCUAUUACUGUUUGAGAUUCUAAAUAUUUUUUGUUCUGUUUUACUUCUGCACACAUACUUAGGCAAUAACCUUAAGGAAGUAAAUUCCUUGGAGAUGAUCUGUUAAUGUGCACAGCAAACAACAGGUUGCCUAAUCUUGUCGCCACCCAUCUAGACUAUCAUAACCUAAUUUAUUUAGGCUAUUUCACUAAAAAGGGUUUUAAGUUAAAAUAAUGAAAAUAUGCAUUAAACAAAUGUUAAUAACAUUAACAGCCUAUGUUGAAACUCUGAUCAGCUCAUAUGAAAUAAAAGUUAAAUUGAUUUACAGCAAGAAUUAAGGUCAUUUUUUUUUUCAAAAGCUUUUAUAUAGCACAUAUUUCAUCCUUAUAGCAUGCUCAGAGCUAUGAUCCAAUCUCAUUUGUGCACCAGUGGGGGGAGGGGAAUCUGGGAACUUUUCCAUGCUGCCUUUAGGCACUGAGUAAACACAACUCUGCUCUAGUAGGGUGUCAAACUUUAAGCCCCCUUGAUAGGUAUCCAAGCCAAGCCCAAGCAUACUUAGCCUCUCAGACACAAAUCCCCCAAAUUUGAUUUUAAGAUAAAACUACACUAGAUUACAUAACAACUGUAAAAAUUACUAAGACAAAAGAUGCAUUUUAAAAAUUCAUUUAAUUAAAAAAAAAGCAUAAUUACUAUUUUGAGUAAUAAAAAAAAUGUGUUAGAAUUUUUAAAAAUCUGUUUGUACCUACCAGUUUGUACAUUUUACAAAAAAAUCUAGAGGUUAAAAUUGGUCUUUAGAAGUCGAGACACAAAAUGAGUGAUUACAUUCAAUUAGGAAACAAAUGCAAUACAAAAUCAUCAUGUUUUAAAUCAAACAUACAGUAGAUGUGUAGCGCUUAUUUAGUUCCAUUAUAUCUCUCAGCUUUAUGUGUCAAUUUCAGUGGAGCCAGUACUAUGUAUACAAUUGUGAUCUAUGCAAAUGUCAUUGUUUCAAUCUGUUUUUGUCUAUUCUCAUGCCUAUGUUAUUAUUAAUAUCUAAUUUAUUAUGUUGACAUUAUUUAAAGGCUGUGUACAAACUAUGAUUAAAUUAGUAGCUUAAUUUGAGAUUUAAAAAAAAAAAAGAUAUUUAAUACAAUUAUGAAACUGUAUUAACAUUUGAACUUCUCCUUAGUUUCUAUUUCCUUGGGUUUCUGAUACAAAAAGAUGGGUCUUUAAAAUUCUAAAGCAUCUGUAGAAGAUUUUGAAGUUGCUUUACUUAUAAUAUAUUACAAGUCACCUUAUUUUUUUGUUGCAUUAUUCUGCUUUCUGGACCUAGGUGUGUAAGACUUAUUGGUCUAGUAAUGUGGACCUAGGUGUAGGCCUAUAUAUAAGACCUAUAGGUCUAUAACUGUGGACCUAGGUGUAUAUAUGACUUAUUGGUCAAGAACUGUGGGCUGAGGUUUAUUGAUGUCUGUUUUGCUACUUGUGAAAUAUCAAAAGUUCAAAAAUGAAAACUUCUUCUUUAAAUUGAUCAAUAUAUAUAUAAUAUUUAUUUAUAUAGUUGGUUUGACAAUAUGAAGAAGAUACUGACAAAAAUUAGUUUAAAAAAACAAACCAAAUAGUGUAUACAUUGUAGAAAUCAAAUGGUAAGUAUGCAGUCCUAAACUAAAUCAUUCUGAAACAGAUAAUUGUCAAUACAAAUAAUUAAUUAAUGUUUCAUUUUUUUUUCAUCUUUCCUUUUUGAUGAAAAUAAAAUGUUCUGAUAAAUAAGCUUACAUUUCUAAAAAAUUCAUACUGAUAUUGAUGGUUCUAUGUUUAUGGUGAUAGAUAACUUGACAAUCCUUAUUAGAUUGUCAUCUUAAACUAAGCUCUGUCCUCCUGCAGAAGUUUAGAAUAGUGACAUCCAUUAGAUCUUGACUUAUCAUGUACUAUGUAAAUAAUGUGUUUGCAUGCAUAGAAUUAGGCAUAAGGAGGCAAAUGUUGCAUUACAAACAUAUGUUUUUGUGGGUGACCCUGUAAGGCACUGAGAUAAUGAAUUACACAUUUCAGUUAUUCGAACAACUUUGUUGCUUGUUGGAAUCCUUAAGACUUAAAAUUAUUCAAGCAAAAUUUCAAUCUUAGUGAAUGUUGUCAUUUGAAUGAGAUUAUAGUUGAACAUUCCUAGUGUUGAUGUUGUUGUCGCUGUAUAUAUUAAUACAUAUAUAUGAUACAUUUGAAUUGUUGCCUUCUAACAUAUCAGUUCCAGAUACAUCUGCUUCAACAUAUCAGUAUCAAUACCCAGGCCAAAUGUUCAUAGGUACAUGUCUUCAUUCUGACCUUUGUGAAAAUAAAAAUGCUUUAAGAAUUCAUUCUUUAUGAAAAUUGUUUUAAGUCAAUGACCAAAAAAAAAAAGCCUGAAGUGAUUCCAUGUAAAUAUUGCCCCCAUGUACUGCUGUAACUAUCUGCUUUAUCUACAUGAUGCCAAUAUCAAUUCAUAAUAAUUUAAUUUAUUAUCUUACAAUAUAUACUUUUAUAAACUUUUUUCUUUCAGUAAACUAUUCUUAAAAUUCAUAUUUUCAGAAACUACAAAUUGUGAAAUUUGAUGCAUUUUUUUUAGUUUUUAAUAGUUAUCAUUCAUAUUGAAGUUUAUUUAAACAUGUGUAUACAACAACAUGUAGACAAAUCCUUGAACAACUCUUGUAAAUGAUAUUGAAGUUAUACCAAUAAUUCUUGCUCCUAAGUCAUUCUGAUGACAUUUUUCAGAAGCUAGUUUAAAAAGCAUUUGGCAUAUUUUCAAGAACAAUCUCUUUCAUUGUCUGGUUUUGUUGAAUCAAAAUUAGAUUAACUCCUUAAAAAAAAUUGUUUGUAUAGUUUUUUUGUUUGUUUGUUUGAAUCAAUGAUUUGACAUUUAGUUACCUACAACCAAAGUAUUUAGACUUACAUAUUUUUGUAUUUCUUUUUAUAUGUAUCUUUAAUGGCCUUUUGAAUUAUUUAUUCUGAUAUAAAAAAGAAUCAGAUAAUCCUGUCAUUUUAUCAUCUCUGUAUCACUUCCACAUCAACACAAUUAUACAAUUGCAUUUUUUUUUAUAAAAAGUAAUAAAAAGGUGAAUAUAUUUA